UAAUGUUGAGUUCUAAGGCUGGUGUUGAUCAUGUGUUACGUUAAUUUGCUAAUAAGAGAGUAUUAAUAAGAGUAGAUUUCAAUGUGCCUAUUAAAGAAGGCAAAGUGAAGAAUGCUACUAGAAUAUAAGGUGCUAUUCCAACAAUCAAAAAGAUAUUAGAAUAGAAUCCAAAGAAUGUUACAUUAAUGUCACACAUGGGAAGACCAGAUGGAAAGAGGUAAUAAAUAAUAAUAUUAAUAUAUUUUAGAGUUGAUAAAGACUCUCUCAAAAUAGUUGUUCCUAAGUUGGAAGAAUUAUUAGGCACUAAAGUUAACUUUGUUAAUGAUUGUGUAGGUUCAGAAGCAGCUGAAGCUACAAAUGCUGGAAAUGGAUAAAUUAAUUUAUUAGAAAAUCUUAGAUUCCAUAUAUAAGAAGAAGGAAAAGGUGUAGAUGCAAAUGGAGCAAAGAUUAAAGCAGAUAAAGAAAGUGUUAAGAAAUUCAGAAAAGAAUUAUCUUCUUUAGGAGAUAUUUAUGUUAAUGAUGCAUUUGGUACUGCACAUAGAGCUCAUUCAUCUAUGGUUGGAAUAGAUCAUAAAAUUAGAGUUGCUGGUUAUUUAAUGAAGAAAGAACUUGAUUAUUUUGCUAAAGCCUUAGAAACACCUUAAAGACCAUUCCUUGUUAUUUUAGGAGGUGCUAAAGUUGCUGAUAAAAUCCAGUUAAUUAAAUCUAUGCUUGAUAAAGUAGAUGAAAUGAUUAUUGGGGGAGGUAUGGCAUUUACAUUCCUUAAAAAAAUUCAUAAUGUUCCAAUUGGAAAAUCCCUCUUUGAUGAAGAAGGAUAUAAAAUUGUUGAUGAAAUUCUUACUAAAGCUAAAGAAAAGAAUGUGAAAAUUCAUUUACCAGUAGAUUUCAUUUGUGGUACAGGAUUAGAUGCAUCUAGUCCUGUUUCAUUACAUGAUCUUAAAUCAGGAAUACCAGAUGGAUGGUUAGGUUUAGAUGCAGGAUAAUUAACAUAAAGAGAAAAUGCUGAAGCUAUUGGAAGAGCUAAAACAAGUUUAUAUUUUGUAGAUUUUAAUUUUAGUUGUAUGGAAUGGACCAUAAGGAGCAUUUGAAAUUGAAUAAUUCAAGAAUGGUUCAGUUAGUAUGUUGAAUGCUUUGGUUAAAUAGACUUCAAAUGGUGCUACAACUAUUGUUGGAGGUGGUGACACUGUUAAUCUUGUUGGAGCUAAUAAGGCUAAUGAUAAACUAAGUCAUGUAUCAACUGGUGGAGGUGCUUCAUUAGAAUUAUUGGAAGGAAAGAUAUUACCAGGUGUUGAAUAUCUUACCAAUAUUAAAGAUUUAUGAU